AACAAAAGGAAGCGUAGAAGAAGAAUUUUUCCAGACGAAGAAGUGGUCUUUUACAUAUUAAGCCAAAUAUGUAGUUAUCAGACUAUAAAAUAGUAUGUUAUGCUGUUAGUUUUAAGGACAUGCCUUUGCUUAUUCGAAAUAAAGUAGUAGAGAGUUUAACCUCGACUGCUGAACUGUUCGACACGUAUCCUCAUUUACAGGAAAAUGCAAGAGCCUUUCGUUCCCUGCCGCUCACUGAUGUUGACCCCAAGUGCCUCCUGUAUGUCCAGCAGAGAGAGUUUGCUGCGACGACACCAGAAGACAAUAGCGUUUCAGUGAUUGGCUCUGACGAUGCCACCACCUGCCAUUUGGUUGUGCUGCGGCAUACAGGAAGUGGAGCUGCUUGCCUCGCACACUGCGACGGUUCCAAUACUCGAUCUGAAGUCCCGCUCUUUGUCAAAUCUGUCACAUCACUGACCAACUGCAGCAAGGAGGGCAGACUUGAGCUGCACCUCGUCGGCGGAUUUAAGGACGAGUCAAUGACAUCCCAUGAACUGAGCCUUAACAUUCUCGUGGCCUUCCAGCAACUGAAAGAGGAUAUCCAUCUGGAAACAUGUUGCAUUACCGAAAUGAACGACGUUCUCAUCAACACAGUUCACAGACCUGCAGUUUAUGGCGUAGGUAUAAAUGUUAAAACAGGGGAGGUGUUCCCUGCAGCUUUCCCUUAUAAAGGACCAGUAGAGGAGUUGCGGUCAGCACGCACCUUCACGGGUGGACAGAUGGUUGAUAUUUAUGACUCUAGCCAAGGACUUGUUAAAAUUGGGCCUUGCAAGUGGUCUCCCAAUAUGGAAAUUGCCUUUUGGUUGUCACAAGACGACAACAUCAUUUUAAAGUACUUGUCCACAUCGCCAAUGGCUGAGCCACCGCACUUUGUCCACCACAUCAAAUCCACCAUCCAGUUCCUCCUGGAGCACCCAGACUCCGACAGUCUCUUCCCUGGGGGUCAGCCACAGCUCUAUCACAGGAAUGAGAGCGGUGAGUGGGAGAGGGUCGUCUCCCUCUCACCCUCGUCUACACCCUAAGCUGUCCUUACAUCCCGACGUAUGAGUUACCACAUGCAUGGGCUCCGCAAUUUGUGGGGAAUUUGUUGGCCGUGGCCAGCACGUAGAGGAAUUAGGGUAUUAGAGGGGUCACACGUGAUUCGUGACACCCACGUGCUUGCCGCUCGGCCUCCGUGAGAAAAGUGGCAGCUUUUUGAUGGUGAUUGCGGUGUGUGACUUGUGCCUGUUUCAUGUAAGGCUGUGGUACGUGUGUGGGCAUCGUAUGAGGCUCGUGCAGCCCAGCCACUUCGAUUGCAAGAUGCGCGUACUGGCUUCCUACAGCAGUACCUGCCAUGAUGUGCAGCUGGAGCUGCUGCGCGAGGCUACCUUAUGACCGGCUGUGAGUGAUCGUGACGGGGGGGGGGUAGAAGCUCCACAGCUGCCGCUGCUCGUUGGGGAAAGAAACCGCAGAGUGACAGAAGAGAGUCACCACACACAACGCUAGUCGUUUUUAACAAAGACAAAGUCGCUGGGGAUUGGUGAAGUCUCUACAGUAGAUCAGGUCAAAACAACGGAAUUGAAAAACUUGGAAAAUGUUCAGGUGGAGGUUUAUACUUCAAGAUCGCUGAUUCGUUCAUUUGACUGUCAAUCACAAAGGGAUUCCGUCUCAGACAGAUUAUCCAAUCAUCAUUCAGAAGCCGAGCGUCCGGGCCAGCCCGCUGCCCCAUAGACCCCCAGAGACGCUGAGCGUCCGAUGGACGGGACAAAGCCUAGCAUUUAUCCAGUGACUGUCCAGUUGCAGUCUUACACAUGCGCACCUCUUGCGAUUUUUUUUAAUCCCCAUUUUUGCACGUAGGAGCACAUAUGUCGGGAUGUAAGGACCGCUUUAGCGUGGAACAGCUAUUUUCACCUCUUUUUGAUUCUUGCACAGAGUGGCCCUUCCUAUCACCUAUCUGCUUUUCUAAUUGUGUCUUAAAAUGGACAUUACAUCUAUGGAAUGCCUGUCCUGACUCAUCUGGCUGGCCCAGUGGAGAGGGUAGACAAAAAAAUGCAUUCGGUUCUUGCCUGAAACAGCUAAUGUGUCUAUACAUAAUGUCUGCACCUUCCAUCUCUUUCUAUGUUGUCAUAUGUUGAUGUCCUCUUUGCCUCACCGUUUUCCUUUUAAUGAAUAUGUAAACAUUGUCUCUUUUUUUUUUUUUUACUCAUUUAGUGGGUUCGAGCAGGGAAGUAAAAAUCUGUAUGAUGAAUACUGGAUGUAUUGAACAACAAGUCGAUAAGUACCUGCUGAUGAGAGUUGUGGAAAAUUCCUGUUGGCACCGGUGGAGAGAAGAAAUAAACCGCUGAACGACAAA